UGUUUAAAUAUUUUUACUCUUUGGUAAUAAUUGAGACCAUUGAGACGUUUAAAUUCUACAAGUUAUUGAUUUUUGGAGAUUUCAAAAUUUGGAUAGAUGUCGGAAACUUCUGAGAGGGGUUCAAAUUAUGUAUAUGUUGUGAGGAGGAAUUCGUAAAUAAAAACGAUUUAUAGCAUAUUAUCUUGUUAACUUUGCGCCUGUACAUUUUGUAUGAACAUUGUUGCAUUUGUUCCCUGUUGGAAAUAAACCAUUAGCGAAGUGUCAAUACGUCGUUAUGUGGCUCAUAAAAUAACAGUUUUUGAUUCGUAAGAUAUUACGGUCAGUUCAACAAACUUUUGCAAUCGAAUGUCCUCGUCGUCUGCUCGGUUAUCCGUGGCUGCUAUUCAGUCGGUAUCGUCGGUAUGAGUGAAUGAAGUGUGUUAUAUGUUUGAAAGACUUUGCUUGCAGACUAUUUAGUAACGAAUACAUGAUAGAAUAGUGGCAGUUUAUUUGGUAUUUAGUGAUCCUGGUGUGGAAGGUUAUAUGUGGAUGAGAUGUUGACGUAAAACGUCGCAGGUGAGAGAAGAACAGCAAAGUUUCUGAUAUGUUCAGUUAUGACAGAAUUAUUGUGGGAGAAAUAUCUGCUAAAACAGUGCCCCAUAUUUUGUAAUUGUUAGUGAUCGAUAAUCCGCAGUGCAAUCGUAAAUGGAUAUCGUAUGUUUUAAUAGUUUCACUUCUUUUCUAACCGAGAAGAGAAGUUGCCCAGUUUUCUGGAUGUGUACGUGAUGUAACUAUAGUUUAAACGAUCAUUUUUUUUUGCGGGCCACAUUUGCAAUUAUGAGAGACAGUGAAGAAUGUGAUAGUUGUGCGCCAUGUGAGGUAACCUCCUCACCAGUUUAUGUUAUGUACCAAGUUUUGAAGGACCUCUGUAUGAACAAUGCACAGUUCUUCCAACAGGAUGAGACUGAAAAUGGUCAGAGGCUGCAUGCUGGAUUUCUGGCAUUAAUAGACCAAGUCGACAUGAUCACACCAAUGGUGGAUGAAGUCAGGAAUGUAGCUCCCCAGUUUGAUUUUGAUGAAGACACACCUGGAAAUGGAUAUCGCAGCUUUGUGUCUACAGUUGAUAUGUGUGUGCAGCAUGGGGUGAAGCUGAGCAGGCUUGUGUGUGACAGCAGGGAUUCAUUCUUAUUCAGGAAGAGCUUCUAUAUGAGGGAGGUGGAGGCAUGUAGCCAUCUACUUGCUUCUCUAGGAACCUGCAUAACGCAUCUCCAGACACUCAUCUCAUGGAACACAGAGGGGCAGUUGUUUCCAGAUGAACAGCAUUCUACAGAAGUUCUAUUGAAACAUGUGGAGGACAUCAACAUGUACUGUUUUUAUGGACGCUGCCUGGGGUUCCAGUUCUGUGAGUCAAUGCGUAAAAUACUUAAGACCAUCUCCAUCUGCAUGGCAUCUUUCAGCGAGAUCUACUACGGGAAUGGAGGCCUGUUAGCUCGAGCUACCAGCUCUGUAUGGACAGGAGGAAAGUAUCUCUUGGAUCCUGAACUGCGAGCUCGAAGAAUUGUCAACAUUUCCCAGCAUGCUUCUGUCAACUUCUGCAAAUCUUUCUGGCUCCUGGCAGAGACAGAACUUAUGGGGAGGCUCCCUGGCAUGGUGUGUCCAGCAGUUGCAGUCAACAAAGUGAUUGCCAUUCCACCUGAACCACUGGUGCAUAUGGCACCAGAUGGAAGUGCUAUUUCUGUGCCCAUUCCAACAGCCCACUUUGGACCAGCACCAAUCAUGGCUCGCUUCUUGUCUGCUGUCACGCGAGAAGGCAUGAUUACUGACUUGAAGGAGCAUGUGCCUAAUAUGCUGCCCCCAUCUUCUGGGCUCAUUAUCCACUGCCACGGCGGGGGUUUUGUAGCACAGAGUUCCCGCUCACAUGAGAUAUACCUGCGAGACUGGGCUUGUCAGCUGAAAGUGCCCAUACUGUCCAUUGACUACUCACUGGCCCCACAAGCGCCCUUCCCUCGGGCCUUGGAGGAGACAUUGUAUGCAUAUUGCUGGGCCAUCAAUAAUGCCCGCAUUAUGGGCUCCACAGCAGAAAAAGUCAUCCUUGUUGGGGACUCAGCAGGAGCAAACCUCAACAUUGGUGUGGCUAUGAAGUGUAUCGAGCUUGGUAUACGACCCCCAUCUGGGUUAUUUCUGGCCUAUGUGCCAGUAUUGGUGUCGAUUGUACCAUCUCCCUCAAGACUCCUGUGUCUUAUGGAUCCCCUGCUACCAUUUGGCUUCAUGAUUCGCUGUAUGAAGGCAUAUGCUUGCCCGCCUAAGGAUGACGCUAGUAGGACAUCAUCAGACACAAAGACACUGGAAGGCAGUGGCACAGAGUCAUUUGAGGAGGUCUCAGAGAGUGACCUGCAAGAGCUGGCUGCCCAUAAAAGUGCACUGUCAAAUGGCUCUGACACCCUGACAUCAGUGUCUCUCACAUCUCUGCAGUCCAAACCAGAGGCAGAUGAGUCAGUUGAGGACAAUGGUCCUCCCACCCCAACAGAACAGAAUAUGUCUGAGUUACUGGAGAAGUAUGUUCUAGACUCGGACACAGACUCAGAGGGGCGUAUGAUUCCAGUACUUCGUACAGAGCCAGAAGUGGAAGAAAAUGUUUUGUUUGAAUUACCUCCUCGACAGGACUUAGGGCUGAGCUCCAAGCUGGGUCGUGCUGUGGGGAACAUUGCAAGCUAUGUGACAGGCACAGAACCACAGCAACUACCAGCUGUUAUUAAGCAAGGUCAAAGUAUGAGUCUUGGUAGUGAGUCCCUAGAGGUGCUGGACUCACUUAUGCAGCGUAGUCCUUCAGAUGACAUGCACUUCACCAUCCCAAGGGAUCCGUAUUUGUCUCCUUACUUGGCAAGUGAUGAGGUGCUAAAACAGCUUCCCCCCACAAAAAUUGUGUCAGUACAGUUGGACCCAUUUCUGGAUGACUGUGUGAUGUUUGCCAAGAAACUGAGAAAGCUUGGAGUGGUUGUGUCAUUGGAUGUGAUUGAUGGCCUUCCUCAUGGCUUUCUCAACUUCAGUCAGCUGAGCAAGGAGGCACGGUCUGGGUCCAACCAAUGUGUGAAGAGGAUCCAGGAACUCUUAUGCAUGUAGCUCUGCAUGAUUACAUUCUUACAGAUAUAGUAAUUGUUGAACCAGUAAUAAAUGUAUAUUUCAUA